UCCCCUUCCCCUUCCCCUCCCCCUUCUCCUCCUUUUCCUCUCCUUUCCUCCCCCCUCGCUUUUGCAUUUCCUUUGCCAAUCUCUUCAAAACUCCCUCCAAAUAAACGCCCACCCACCGCCCUCUCCUCCUUUUUCCUUCGUUUUUCUCUUCUUCAUGGAGAAGAAUGAAAGGGAAACUCAUGACUUCAUGAACGUGGAAUCCUUCUCUCAGCUCCCCUUCAUCCGUCCCGCCCCUAUCAAAGAAAAGGGUAUUCGUUUAUUUGGCAAAGAGUUCGGUGGUGACUCAGCUACGGCGAGCAACGAGUCAGAGUCAGCUGAGAACAACGAAGACACAACGAAGGAGAACGAGAAUGGGGAUAACAGCAGAAGAUUCGAGUGCCACUAUUGUUGCAGAAACUUCCCUACUUCUCAAGCUCUAGGCGGUCACCAAAACGCUCACAAGAGGGAACGCCAACAUGCCAAACGAGCUCAUCUUCAGUCGGCAAUGGUGCACAACUCUUUAUCCGAUGCUCAUAUUUAUGGCCUCGUUAACUACAGGCUGGGCUCAGCUCCAACGCCAGCCAUGACUUACCCUUCAUGGAACAAUAGCAUUAGCAGUAGUAGCAGUAGGUUUUAUGGGAACCACGGCUCGUUUUCUCAGCCACCCAUCAAUGGCAGCCCACUGGGAUUAUGGAGAAUCCCUGCUACGGUUCAAAGCAACUCAUCUUUCAAUCGUGACCGCUCAUCAUCGCAUCCGUUGCCUUUGUUUGCUGGUGAUGAGUUGAAGCCGUCGCAGGUUGUUGGUGGUGGUGGUUCAAGUUCCCAGAGUCGGUACGUUUAUGAAUCGAAGUCCGGCGUGCCAGACCAUGUGAGUUUGGAUCUACAUCUGUAAUAAUUUGGCAAUAACUUUGAUUUAAACGAGAAAACAAAAUCUUUGCUGUGCAAAAUGAGGCGAUUAUAUAUUCCUAGCACACCAAUCUUAUUCACUUGUUUUUUUUUCUUUUUAACAUCUUGGUUUUUUUAAUUUUUCUUUAGUAUGAUUUCAUAUGUAAAUGAAAUGAUUUACGAGCUCUUCAUCAUUCUCCACAAGCCUAGCUACCGUGUAACUUCAAAAACAUGAGCUGAGAUGUGUACGUUAAAUUUUUAAUCUCUUCUUUUAGCUACUUUGCUCUCUUAGGGUAUAUAUAUUAUCAUUUGGUUA